AUGGUAGAAGUUAAGCCAGACAGAAUAACAUUGAUCGCGGUGCUAUCUGCUUGUGCAUCAACUGGAGCUCUAGAUAUCGGAAAUCUAAUGCCUUAUUUCAUUAGAAAACUGGUAAAAAUAGGAGACUUGGGGGAUUUUAGGGUGAAGAAGAUCGAUAAUAUCAUAGAGGUGUGGAGAAACGAUGCUUGUGAACACAACUGGCCUUGUAAAGAAGCAGAACAGAUAGAAGUGACACAUCCUUUCAGAGAAGAUGAUAAUGAGUUUAAUGAACCUCUGGAUGGAUAUAGUGGAAAUGAAAGCAGAAUUGACGAGGUACAAAGUGGAAACGAGAGCCUCCAAUAUUCCUGA